ACCGAUAACAACACAGCAAGUGGAAUGCAGAACAAAGUGACGAAUUGUCGGUGAAUUUUUACACAAACUAAACUUGAAGGUCUUAUUUGUUUGGUUCGUUGAACUCCUUUAAAUAUUAAUAGAGGUAUUUUAUUAUCUCGUCGUAAAAAAAAGAGAAAAAGGAACUUUUAUCACAAUGUCGGAACACUCAAUACCCUUAGACAUUCUCGAUGACUUGAGCAGCCGCUUCAUUAUCAACGUUCCCGAAGAGGAAAGGAAGGAUCUAGUUCGCAUUUGCUUUCAAAUUGAAUUGGCACACUGGUUUUACUUAGAUUUUUACUGUGCGGAAGAAAACUCAAAGCUAAAAUCAUGUGGCAUGAAAGAAUUUGCCACGCACAUGUUCCAGCACAUUCAUUUUCUAAAACGACAUCUGGCUAAGAUUGAUUCAAUAAUCGAUCAGUGGAGAGAAUACAAGCAAAACGUCCCAACUUUCGGAGCUAUUGUUUUAAAUGAAGAUCUGACCAAAGUGCUUCUCGUCCAAAGUUAUUGGGCCAAAAGCAGUUGGGGUUUCCCGAAAGGAAAAGUAAAUGAGGACGAAGAUCCCUCUCAUUGUGCAGUUCGUGAAGUUCUAGAAGAAACAGGUUUUGAUAUUUCUAAUCUGAUUGAUAAAAAUGAGUACAUUGAGUCAAUUAUUAACGAUCAGCUUGUGAGGCUCUAUAUUAUUUCCGGUGUUCAAAAAGAUACGAAAUUUCAACCACUGACGCGCAAGGAAAUAAAAAAUAUUGAGUGGUUCGCACUGGCCGACUUGCCCAGCAACAAAAAAGACAUGACUCCGAAAGUUAAGAUGGGAGUUGGACCAAAUGCUUUUUUUAUGGUUGUUCCCUUUGUAAAACGAAUGAAACGUUGGGUUCAAGAAAAGCAACAACGUGAAAAGAAUGUGCCAGCGCGUAGACACCGACAUAAGUCUGUUGGUGAUGUCGAAAAUGUCUCAAAGAGUAAACGACAGCAGCAGAUGAUUUCUCAAAGUGAAUUAUCAGACUUGAGAAAUGCUCGUCAAACGAACACUUCUCCAGCUCGAAGUCGCAGGAGUGUUCACGAAAAUAAAAACAUGAUCGCGAAGAGUGCGUUCAAACGUAAUUUGUUUGGCGAUCCGAACAACGAUCAAACACCCGCCUUGCUUGCUAAACAAUUGACGGAAAGUCCUCCACGUCUUCAGUCGAUGGUUUUUAACGAUCCGACGAUUCAUUCUGCCAAGAAACACCCAGGAGGAAAAGAAUUAAAAGGUGACAAGGGAAACUUGAAGUCUCAAUUAUUCGGGGAGCCUACUCGAAAAUCGAAUCCCGAACUGAAAACAAUCAAGUCACCUUUUUCUGCUGGCAGGCAAGGAACUUCAUCGCCAAAUGACGUAAUAAACUUUUCGAAAAGCGAAUUUCGAACUAGAAUAUGGGCGCAUUUCAAAUUUGAUAAGAAGGUUAUUCUUAAUUGCCUAUAAACCUAAACCUCUGCUCGGCGAGUUUUAGGAGAAGAUACCUGUGAUCUACAAAAUUUGCAGUGAUAUUAUUUUUUGUAGCAAAUACUUCGCGGGUUUUGUCGAGAUAUUUAAAAGUAUUAUUUGAAUGAUUUUCAAAUCGAUAUGAAGAACGUACAUUUUGCUGACAAGAGUAUGAGAAAAACGUGAAGGAAAGUGGUAUCCUUUUUUGUUUUAAGAAGUAUAGAUUUUGUUAUUCUCCGUUAAUCAUUGAGAAAGAUUUAUUUUAUAUAAGGAUUUCGCACAAUCUCAGACUUUUGUCUCGACGGUACUUUUUUUUUAUCGAGUUUAUCGUAAACCUAAGUUUUACUCGUGAUUCUUAACUCGGCGAAAAAACUAUGGCUAAUUUGAUUUUGUAUUCUACCCUAACUCCAUGCACAUGGUGUAUAAUAACAUUAAUGUUAUAAAUAUUCGUACACUUUUAUUUUACAUAUUUCGAACAAGAUGUCACUCAUUCAUUUAAUAAAUUAUUUUUCAUACAUUUUA